CGCAGCGAAAGGUUGUCUCGGGAGUUGUUGUAUUCGUCGUCGUCGGUCUCCGUGUUUCGUUUCGUUUCGUUCCGUUUGUUCCCGUUGCGCGCAGACAAACAACCAACAAAAUUCAAAAUGUUUUAACGGAAAACAUCAAAAAUUCGCAGAACUCUUAACGUUUAAAUUUAAUGCCAAAUAAAAUACGCAAGUAGCUUGUGGAUUUUCGUUAGCAUUUCGCGUGUUCGUUUAGUUCGUUUGAUUUUCAAAAAACAAGAAAGCCAUUAUCAUGGGUUUAUCGGAUAUACCAGCCAACUACAUGCAGGGCAGCCACCCGCACCUGAACCUCCAUCCACAGCAGCAGCACCACCAAAACCAGCAGCACUUGCAGCAUCUGCAACAGAUGCAGCAGCUGCACAACGCCAUGCCCACUCCCGCCCAGCAGGCCGCCCAGGUCCUGGCCAUGGAAUCCAAUGAGCUGCUCAUGAGCACCAAGGACAAGCUCACCAGCAAGAAGAAAAUGCACUUGCUCAAGAAGAUCAAGAAGCGCUUCGGAUUGGUUCGCCGCUCGCCUUCUUCCUGUCCUGGUCCCAACAACCUGCCUCCGCUGCAAUUCCACACCGUGCACGGUGAUAACAUCCGGAUCUCGAGAGAUGGAACUUUGGCUCGACGCUUUGAGAGCUUCUGCCGGGCAAUCACAUUCUCAGCACGUCCGGUUCGUAUUAACGAAAGGAUCUGCGUGAAGUUUGCGGAAAUCUCGAACAACUGGAAUGGAGGAAUACGCUUUGGAUUCACCAGCAAUGAUCCUGUGACGCUGGAAGGAACACUGCCCAAGUACGCCUGUCCGGAUCUGACCAACAGGCCUGGCUUCUGGGCCAAGGCUUUGCAUGAGCAGUACUGCGAGAAGGAUAACAUCCUUUAUUACUAUGUCAAUGGAGCUGGCGAUGUGAUCUAUGGUAUAAACAACGAAGAGAAGGGCGUGAUACUGUCGGGCAUUGAUACGAGAAGUCUGCUCUGGACGGUUAUUGAUAUCUAUGGCAAUUGCACGGGAAUUGAGUUCCUGGAUUCCCGAAUUUAUAUGUACCAGCAGCAACCAGCGGCGAUGCCAAUUACCGCUGUGCCCGCCCAGCAACAGCAGCUAGCCCAGCCGGCUGCCAAUGCCACCUCCGCCUUGAAUCCUCAUCACCCGCAUCAGCAAUCGAGGAGAUCCCUGCCUGGACACACUGGAGCCAUCGAUCACGAUCUGGAACGUCAUGUGAUGCCAUCGCUGCAAUCUCUGCACUUGGCCGGAAACGGCGGAAGUGUGGUCAGUGUCGAGCAGGCGGCUAUUGCGCAUGAUUUGGCCAACGGACUUCCUCCUCUGCGGUACAAUGCCAAUGGACGACUGAUCCCUGUGCCCUUCCACAACACCAAAGGCCGAAAUGUGCGACUCUCGCAGGAUCGCUUCGUAGCUUCCCGCACGGAAUCGGACUUCUGCCAGGGCUAUGUAUUCACUGCCCGUCCCAUUCGCAUUGGUGAGAAGCUCAUCGUUCAGGUUCUGAAAACAGAGCAAAUGUAUGUGGGUGCCUUGGCGUUGGGUCUAACCUCCUGCAAUCCUGCCAUGCUGCAGCCCAAUGAUCUGCCCAAUGACUCAGAUUUCCUGCUCGAUCGUCCUGAAUAUUGGGUGGUGAGCAAGGAUAUCGCCGCUGCUCCUCAACGUGGCGAUGAGAUUGCUUUCUUUGUGGCGCCCAACGGCGAAGUGAGCAUUAGCAAAAACAACGGACCAGCAGUGGUAGUGAUGCAUGUGGACCAGUCCCUUCAGUUGUGGGCCUUUUUGGAUGUCUAUGGCUCGACGCAGUCUCUGAGGAUGUUCCGCCAGCAAUUGCCCAACAUGGUUGCGUAUCCAUCGCAGCCGCAGGUGAAUGUGAAUGCCAGCAGUUCGUCCGCCUGCAACGCUGCCUCUACAUCCCGCAUGCUGCCCAUGACCGAGUCAAUGAGCAGUCUGAAUGCCGGAGCCACUGCCAAGCUGUUGCACCAUCCCUCUCAGCUGAGCGUCGCCCAGAGUACGAGCACUUUGGCCUCGGCUGGAGGAGUCAAUGGAAGCCGCAUGAUCAGCAUGCCCUCCAACGGAGAUAUUCUCCAGAUCCAGCCGAAUGGCGGUGGCACUGUUCUGGUAGUGAAUCUGCCACCAGCCAGCAGCUCGCACGAUAUCAACGGACAGCUGGCGGCCAGGCCCUCGGCAACGGUGACAUCUAGCGGAGUUUUGGCCGGAGCCUGCUCCAGCGGCACCCUUAUCAGUACUACCAGCAGCCAGUACAUUGAGCCCAUUGCCAAUAGCACAAAUAAUUCGGCCAACAAGUGGAAGGACAGCCUGAGCGACCAGCAGAGCACCGACUCCAGUGCCGAAUGCACCAUCUGCUACGAGAACCCCAUCGACUCGGUGCUGUACAUGUGCGGACACAUGUGCAUGUGCUACAACUGCGCCAUCGAGCAGUGGCGAGGAGCCGGCGGUGGACAGUGCCCACUGUGCCGAGCGGUUAUCCGGGACGUCAUCCGCACCUACACCACGUAGAAGGGGCGUAAUCGUUUCCUAGCCAAGCAACUUUUACUCGCAAUCAAACCUACUAAAGCUACGCAUCAUACCACACACACAUACACACAAGUUGUUGCAUUUUGAACGCAAUCGAGCGCAAAGAAUAUAUAGAUACUGGAAUGAUAGGAAUUAUUUUUGCAGACUAAAGAUGAGAUAGUUUACACAGAGCUAGUUUAGGAUACGAAACUGUCACCUAAUUUAUCCCCUACCUACCAUCUACAUGUAUUGUUUAAUUUUUUUGUGAUGUUAUAAGUAAGUGCGCCUGAGAGCCAAAACUAUGUAUUGUUCAAUUCAAUCGAGAUUUCAUCGUUUUUUCAAUUUUUUGCAAAACCCUGAACCGCACAUUUAUGUGGCGUGUAGUAGUAUACUAUAAAACCAAAGUAUUGUAUAGAAAUUAAUUGUAUUUGGAAUUCAAAUUUUAGUUUAUUGAAGGUUGUUGCAAAUUUACUUAGUUUUUCUCUAUGUCUAAAUUCGAAACAAUGUGCAAAAUUAUAAAACCCAA